CGUAGGUUUCCCUUACCAACCACUCAAGGCUGAAAUUUGUUCCAACGCGAACAUCAAUCGCUCAGGCCGGCGCAACUCCACCAAUUCCGCGAUACUUUUGCGCCGGAUCAUUCAAUCCACCUCACCAUCUCUAAAUAGCGAAUACCAUCCAUAAGCCAUCAAUCAUGGCCCAACAGCCCCUUCCCACGUCUAUGCAACCCACUGACAUCUAUGGAGGAGAUGAGGUUUCUGCCCUCGUUCUUGAUCCUGGAUACUGCUAUACUCGAGCUGGAUUUGCCGGCGAAGAUGUUCCUAAAUCCAUCCUCCCAUCGUUUUACGGCCACACAACCGGCGACAGCCCUAAAGACAUGUUUGGUGAUGAAUGCCUCAUCCCUCGCCCCGACUUCGAAGUCCGCAACUACAUGAAUAAGGAUAGUGUGGUGGAGGAUUGGGAUGUCGCUGCUCGAAUUUGGGAAAACAUGCUUGUUAAGCGCUUGCAACCCGAACGACAAACACCUCCCUCGAAGAACGGUCUAAACGACGACCCCAAGGCAGAAGGCCAGGAUGGAGAGGGCGAUGUGGCCAUGGACGACGCCGAUGCUGCCGAAUCUGCCGAGAAGCCGUUGGGCGAAAAUCCCCUCUUGAUUACAGAGGCUCCCUGGAAUACACCCAAGGCUCGUGAGAAGGCUAUUGAGAUCAUCAUGGAGAACUGGGGGUGCCCUGCCUUCUGGCUGAGUCGCACUCCCGUGUUGGCAGCAUUCGCCGCUGGCAAAGCUACCUCACUAGUUAUUGACGUGGGCGGUGCCAACACCUCGGUCACAGCUAUUCACGACGGCAUGGUGCUGAAGCGAUCUAUCCAGAAGUCUCCUGUUGGUGGCAUCUGGCUCUCUUCGCAGAUCCGAAAUCUUUUUGAAUCUUCAGAGCCCAAGGUCGAGCUGACACCCACCUUCAUGAUCGAGAACAAGACACCUGUCGACGCCCUGGCACCUCCUUCAGUCCGACUACGACACUUCCCCUUCCAGAUUAACGAUUCAUUCCGCGCAUAUGAGGAAGAGCGUGUGUUGACGGAAUUCAAGGAGUCAGUAGUAGAAAUCUGGCGAGGCCCCGGUCGUUACAGUGUUUCCGGCAAUGAGGAUUAUGUUAAGACGCAACCCGGCCGGGUGUUCGAGAUGCCAGACGGUUAUAACCAGAUGUGGCGCGAGCAGCGGUUCAGAGUGACAGAGGGCAUGUUUGACGAGACCGUCGGAUACAAUAGCUCCGACUCUGAGCAACUCACCAAAGCGCAAACCAUCCCCGAGCUUAUCCGCUCUGCUUUGAACGCGGUUGACGUCGAUCUUCGAGGCAACCUCUUGGCUAACGUCGUCGUAACUGGCAGCACCAGUCUGAUCAACGGAUUCAACGACCGCCUGAACAACGAGUUGAUGGCGAUGUAUCCUGGGCUCAAGAUCAAGAUUCAUGCGGCAGGCCUCACGAGUGAGCGACGCUUCGGUGCCUGGAUCGGCGGUAGCAUUCUCGCUAGUUUGGGCACUUUCCACCAGAUGUGGAUUUCGCGAAAGGAGUACGAGGAGAAUGGACCUAAUGUUGUUGAGAAGCGAUGCAAGUAAAAGGCCAUGCUCUAGGUGCUUUGGCUUCUGGCGUAACGGAGUUGGGGGAAGAUGUACUUACAAUCUGAAAUCAGAAGGGCCUGGUAAGGCAAAAGUUCAUUCUAGAUAGGACAAAGCCGUGCAAUCAACUGCUGUAGUGAAUUGUUUGUCGAAAAGAGUAAAUGUCGAUUUCUUAUGUACUAUACACUAUAUUUAUUUGCUCUC